AUGGAUUUCUUAUCUGAAAUAAUCGGUGAAACCGUUAUACUCGGUAUCGAUUCCUUAAUUCUUGGAUUUUGUGUAAAACAGCUGAGCAAAUGUAAACACAUCUUGAAUGCAUUACAGUCUGCUCCAGUGCUGGACAUAGACUCUACUUUAAACAAAGAGAUUAAUAAGUAUCCAAACAAUGUUAUUCCUUAUGUUGUCAUAAGAGGCAUAGUGAAACCUCUUGGCAACCCUAUCACAAGUAACUAUAACCAAUCAGUUACAGGAGUGAUCCAGAGAUUAACAAUUAAAGAACAUGUGAUAGCGAGAACAUCUGCAGGAUUUUGGUCAGAUCAGACUCGCACAAUACAUGAAGUAUACAACUCUACACCAUUUGUUUUGAACAAUGGGAAGUACAGUAUCGAAGUUGUUGAUGCUUUAGCUGCAGAAUUAUUAGAUUUAGACGUAAUAUCAGACAAAUUUGAACCCAUGUCACCUGGUGUGAUAGAUCAUGUAUGGGGAUUUUUCUCUGGAGUCAGACAAAGAGGUCUUCAAACAAUGGAAGAAAUGCUCAGGGAUGGGUCCUACAUCACUGCUAUUGGUGAAUUAAGUACAACAAGCGGGGGAUUGAAGAUUCAACCUCCUAAAGAUGAUCUUCCUCUUUAUCUUACAACUGCUACAAAGUCAAGUUUACUGAAGAGACUUGCGAGUUCUAGGGACUUUUUAAGAAUUCUACUUGUUGUAUUCGGAACAGUGGCAGCCAUAGCUUCCGGCCGCAUCAUGUACAAAUAUAUAAAGAGGAGAAAAAGGCGGGUAGCGGAAGAGAUUUUGAAGAAACAAUUAGCAGCAGGAAGGAAAGAAAGACGCGCGAACAAUAGAGAUAAAAACCUCAGUGAAAUGCAGCUAUGUGUCGUAUGCACUGAGAACCCUAAGGAAAUUAUUUUGCUCCCAUGUGGCCAUGUCUGUUUGUGUGAAGAUUGCUCAGAAAAUAUUAAAGAUAAAUGCCCAAUCUGCAGAGAAAGGAUAGAGUCCCGUGCACCUGCAUUUAUUACA